GCAGAAGUAGGAGAUCACGAGUCUAUAUAAAGUCUAACAUUCAAACCGACAUCCAUGUGAAACUCAAUUGCGCGCGUGUGGCCGUUUUUUAUGCGAUAUUCUGCACUAUUUCCCCCGAAAAAUGAGGAAUUGUACCACGUUUCUACCGCUGCUGAUGAGCCUGUUUUUCAAUAUCAAGUGUUCGCCCAUUUCGCAACCCGGAUACGAAAACCCCCAGUAUGCGGCUGUACGGAACGUUCCCACCCUCACGUACAAACCGCAACAAAUCCACUUUAAACCAGCAGCACAACCCACUAGAGCGCAGUUCGAAGGCAAAGCUGAGGGCCUUCAAUACUACUCAUCUCAGCAGCCUCAACAACCCCAACAACAAAAAUCCUCUCAAGCGAUUCAAGCUCCCGGUUAUGGGCCUGUCAGACAAGUUUUUGUGCCAACGAAUCAGGGUCCUCGACAAAUUGAUCCUAACUACUAUGACCAAGUGGUCAAAGCACAACAGCAACAACAGCCAAUAGUUCAAAGAAGACCGCAGCCACAAGCAACACAGCAACACAACAACUACCCCCAACAAGUGAAAUACGUGCCUCAACCACAACAAGUGAAGUACGUUUCCCAGCCUCAAUACAGUGCCAGAUACCAACAGCCUCAACCACAAAAACCAACCAAACAAACGGAGGAGGAGGACGAGGAGCAAGACGGCGACUAUGAUCCCAACCCUUCCUACCAAUUCGGCUUCGACGUACAAGAUGAUCAGUUCACCAACUACCAAACUCGCAAGGAAGAAAGGGACGGAAAGCGGAUAACCGGCAGCUAUUCAGUGGUAGAUGCUGACGGAUAUAUCAGGACUGUUAAAUACACGGCGGACCCAAAGGAAGGAUUUAAGGCAGAGGUGAUUUUUGUCCGAAUUUUACUUACGGUCGGGCUGCUUUCAAAUUCCCGCGAAUCCAUGCUGGAUCAAAAUCGAUAGUGUAUAAAAGCCAAACGGAUACGAAAAGUGAAAAAUGCUCUACUUGUUAAUGCCUCCCUGAUUUACGAUAAUGCGGAUAAUAUUCGCUUUAUUCGCAAGCAAAUUGAUUCAAACGGAUUACAGAAAAAUUCGUACCGGAUCCAAUUCGGCAAGGGGAUUAUCUCAGUUCUAUGCAGUUAAUAGACUUCGUUCGUUCUGAGCGAACGAAUGUAUGGAUGGGAAACUUGAUCGCUCAGAGCUUGAAAAAUUGUUACUUAUUAUACAAUUUCAAAGGUUUAAGGGAGCGGUCGUUUUUAUUUCGAAUGUCGCGAACCUCCGUGAUUAACAGUCUGAAUUUCAGGUAAGCCGGGAACCUACAGACAUAAAAAUCAAGAUUCCCAAGCCCCUUCCGCAGUACCAAAACUUACCCAGGCAACAUCCGCAGC